GAGGACUGGCAGGCGCCGGGAGGGGUUUGGGGAGGGGGGCGCGAUCUGAAUAAUUGAGGAGCUGUUCAGCAGCCGGCUGCUGCCUGCCUUUGCCGCCACCGCCACCUCCUAUCGCAGCCGAAGAGGCGGCUCCGCGCUGUAAGUGCGAACCGCCAGCCACCAGCCUCAGCUGCGGGUCCGUCGCCUCCAGCCCCUCGGACAUCCAUGCCCAGAAGAAGACAGCUUCAGGUCCCUCUGGACCUUUCCUAAAAGGGAGAUCCCUGUUCACUAGAUGAGUUCCAGAACCAUCCAUUAAGGCUUUUGUAGCCCUCUUCCAUCAGCUGACCUCUACUGCAACCCCUAUCUCUCAAGAUGAGUGGCUUCCUGGCCUCACUGGAUCCCCGGCGGGUGCAGUGGGGAGCUGCCUGGUAUGCCAUGCACUCCAGGAUCCUGCGCACCAAACCGGUGGAGUCCAUGCUGGAGGGAACUGGGGCCACCACAGCACACGGCACCAAGCUAGCCCAGGUACUCACCACUGUGGACCUCAUCUCUCUCGGCGUUGGCAGCUGCGUGGGCACUGGCAUGUACGUGGUAUCUGGCCUGGUGGCCAAGGAAAUGGCGGGACCUGGUGUCAUUGUAUCUUUCAUCAUUGCAGCCGUCGCAUCCAUAUUAUCAGGCGUCUGCUAUGCAGAGUUUGGAGUCCGAGUCCCCAAGACCACGGGAUCUGCCUACACCUACAGCUAUGUCACUGUCGGGGAAUUUGUGGCCUUUUUCAUUGGCUGGAACCUGAUCCUGGAGUACCUGAUUGGCACUGCGGCUGGCGCCAGCGCUCUGAGCAGCAUGUUUGACUCCCUGGCCAACCACACCAUCAGCCGCUGGAUGGUGGACAGCGUGGGGACCCUCAAUGGCCUGGGGAAAGGUGAAGAAUCAUACCCAGACCUUCUGGCCUUGUUGAUCGCUGUCAUCGUGACCAUCAUUGUUGCUCUGGGGGUGAAGAAUUCUGUGGGCUUCAACAACGUCCUCAAUGUGCUGAACCUGGCAGUGUGGGUGUUCAUCAUGAUUGCAGGCCUCUUCUUCAUCAAUGGGAAAUACUGGGCUGAAGGCCAGUUCUUGCCCCACGGCUGGUCAGGGGUGCUGCAAGGAGCAGCCACAUGUUUCUAUGCUUUCAUUGGCUUUGACAUCAUCGCCACCACCGGAGAGGAAGCCAAGAAUCCCAACACGUCCAUCCCUUAUGCUAUCACGGCCUCCCUGGUCAUCUGCCUGACAGCGUAUGUGUCUGUGAGCGUGAUCCUAACUCUGAUGGUGCCGUACUAUGCCAUUGACACGGAAUCCCCGCUCAUGGAGAUGUUUGUGGCUCAUGGAUUCUAUGCUGCAAAAUUCAUAGUGGCCAUUGGGUCGGUUGCCGGACUGACAGUCAGCUUGCUGGGCUCCCUCUUCCCAAUGCCCAGGGUCAUUUACGCCAUGGCUGGUGAUGGGCUCCUUUUCAGGUUCCUGGCCCAUGUAAGCUCCUACACAGAGACGCCAGUGGUGGCCUGCAUCGUGUCGGGGUUCCUGGCAGCUCUCCUCUCGCUGCUGGUCAGCCUGAGAGACCUGAUUGAGAUGAUGUCCAUCGGCACGCUCCUCGCCUACACCUUGGUGUCCGUCUGCGUCUUGCUCCUUCGAUACCAACCCGAGAGUGACAUUGACGGUUUUGUCAAGUUCUUGUCUGAGGAGCACACCAAGAAGAAGGAGGGCAUUCUGGCUGACUGUGAGAAGGAAGCCUGUUCUCCAGUGAGUGAAGGGGAUGAGUUUUCUGGCCCAGCCACCAACACAUGUGGGGCCAAGAACUUGCCAUCCCUGGGAGACAAUGAGAUGCUCAUCGGGAAAUCAGACAAAUCAGCCUACAACGUCAACCACCCCAACUAUGGCACCGUGGACAUGACCACAGGCAUAGAAGCCGAGGAAUCUGAAAACAUUUAUCUCAUCAAGUUGAAGAAGCUGAUCGGGCCCCGUUACUACACCAUGAGAAUCCAGCUGGGCCUUCCAGGCAAAAUGGACCGGCCCACAGCAGCGACAGGGCACACGGUGACCAUCUGCGUGCUCCUGCUCUUCAUCCUCAUGUUCAUCUUCUGCUCCUUCAUCAUCUUUGGUUCUGACUACAUCUCAGGGCAGAGCUGGUGGGCCAUACUUCUGGUUGUUCUGAUGGUGCUGCUGAUCAGCGCCCUGGUGUUUGUGAUCCUGCAGCAGCCAGAGAACCCCAAGAAGCUGCCCUAUAUGGCCCCUUGCCUCCCCUUUGUGCCUGCCUUUGCCAUGCUGGUGAACAUCUAUCUCAUGCUAAAGCUCUCCACCAUCACAUGGAUCCGGUUUGCGGUCUGGUGCUUUGUGGGUAUGCUCAUUUAUUUUGGGUACGGCAUCUGGAACAGCACCCUGGAAAUCAGUGCCCGAGAGGAGGCCCUGCACCAGAGCACGUACCAGCGCUACGACGUGGACGACCCCUUCUCGGUGGAGGAGGGUUUCUCCUACGCCACGGAGGGCGAGAGCCAGGAGAACUGGGGCGGGCCGGCCGAAGACAAAGGCUUCUAUUACCAGCAGAUGUCAGAUGCGAAGGCAAACAGCCGGACAAGUAGCAAAGCGAAGAGCAAAAGCAAACACAAACAGAACUCGGAAGCCCUGAUCGCCAACGAUGAGUUAGAUUACUCUCCAGAGUAGGGGUAAACACACGAGAGGUAGAAGUGGUGAUGACUGAUUUUCAGUAAGUUAACCUGUGGGCUGGAAGGUGAAAACCUUUCUGGCUCUCAUUUCACAACUCCAGCCUUUCCCGAAGUCAAUCCCCAGUCAUAGCCUGUCAUUCACUACUUUUGCUCUUCAGGAUAGUGCUGUAGAAAGGCUUGACCUGGGUCCCUAACUGGUCCUCUUAUUUCAAAACCAAACGAGAGGCUACUCGAAGUUCCAUCUUAGGCGCAGCCAUCAAAGCUGAUGGUAGCAAACGUUUCCUAGGCCUUUGCUUUGCUGGUUGAAUCUUUUUGCUUCUUACUGAGACCCCAAGACGCGAGGAGUGAACUCUUUGGAGCCCACUGAGGCUGCAGCUCCUGCGGGAGAUGUGCCAGGGCGGGGGAGGGGCGUGCGGUGUGGGCACAAGGCAUCGUUUCAGCCACCUGAGACACGAGGGCAAAGCUCUGUUCUCAGCGUGUCGGGCUGGGCGCUGCUCCCCCAGGUCGGGGUGGGCAGAUGGGCACUGGCACUUCCUCAGCAAGCAAUGUUUUGUCUUGAAAUCUCACCCAAAUGAAAUUCAUGGAGAAGACACAUGCUUCUUUCUUUUUAUUCCCCAAUGUUCUCACCAUUUCCAAACUAUAAUUUUAGGCUCCAGCAAAAGUCAGGGACCCUGAGAUCAUUACCUCAGAGAUUUCAGAUUCACUGUAAAGCAAUCAUGCAGACCCAAUAAUAUAGUAAGAAAUACCGUCAAAGCACUACUUAAAUUCCCAGGAAAAAAAAUUAAGUUACCGUCUCUUGCAGUGAAGGCCAGAAGGGCACUGGCAGAAAUUAACUCUCUGUCAUGCCUUCUCUUAUACCAGACUUUAAGCUCCUGCUGACACGAUGAAAAGAGGGCAAAGGUGGAGCAUGAUUUCAUGGCACUAAUAUGCCUUGAAGAAGUAGGUUGUUUGUCUUAUAAUCAGAUAAAAAUCUUUACAAGGAGAAGUGACCCAGCCACUGAGAUCAUAUUGCAAAUUCUAUUCCAUAUCUCUAAAAUUAUAAAUUCUGUAGUUGUUUGAGAUAGGCAGCCACUUGAUUGGUGGGUGCUACUCUGAAAAUAAAAAUUGUCAAAGCACAGCUAGUUAGGUGAUUGCAUUCCAUGAGAUUACAUUUCCCUUCUAAACCUUAUUCCUCUGAGGUAGCUCACUUUUAGAAGUGAAUUUUUUCUGUUACUUCCCACAGCAGUUUCACUGAAUCCCAGAGAAAUAUCUACCUGGUAAGGUCUAAAUUGGGGCCAUAAGAGAGGUUCUUAAAAGAGUUUUCUCAGAAAUGGGACAUUUGAGAGAAUUUGCAACAGGAAUAAAUGCACAGGCUACACAUUCUACUCUUGGGUUACAAGGAUUCCUGUGGCUGCGUGUACACACAUAUGAGAAGGCACCAUUUGAAUCAAGCUAAAACCUUUGUGAGAAUUUCCUGAAAGGGUGUGCAAAACAGCAAAUUCCUUGCUCUCUCUCUCUCUUGGAUUUAUUGUUAAGCCAAAAGUUUUCCAGAACACAUCGACUCACAUUUGAGCCUGUUCUUUCUUAAAGGUUGAGGUUUCUGCCGUCUUGGCACGAUUUAGGGUUACGAUGAGGAGGCGAAAGUCCGUGUUUUCAUUCAACUAACACUGAUCAAGGAUAUACCAAGUGCUAAGUAAAGGAAUGAAAAGAGGUCUAACAUCUGCCCCUGGGGACUCACAGUCCGGGGACGAGCAGCACUGGAGCUCGAUAAGUGCAGAGAAAACCAUCAAACUUGACAAGUCCUUGUAGCAGUACACAAGGCUUUAACAUAACAUAUAAAGACCAAUUGAAACUAGUUUUUUUAAAAUACCCUUUAAAUAAAUUGCAUAUCACAUCUAUAGCCAAUGAAUAUCAUUAAAUUCAAAUAACAAUAAUUUUCUAAAUCUUUCUUCUUCCUCUGUAUUAAUUAUUUAGAACUCUGGUUUCCUGAGGUCACUUUGUCAUUUUAAUGUAAUGCUUGACAAUGCUGUGUUUUCUCCUCCCUAAACUUAAUCAUAAUGACAUAGUGCCUGGUCUGUGAUAUAUAUCCCUGAGGAUUAAUUGUAAACUAAUUUAUCAAUAACCUUUGUGAAAACAAAGGUUUGAACUGUUUCUAGGACUCAACAAAUCUGCCUACUUUAAAUGCAGUCUGAUACACAUCUAGAUAUAUGGGGUGGGGUUGUAUUCAUGAAUAUGUUCAAGAGAAAUGAGUGCAAAAUAACAAAAUCUUACUGUGAGUAAAAGAGCCACCUUUUACUAGUGAGGUUUAGGUACUAAAAUAACAAUAGUCUGGUGGCAGAUAUAUGCAAUUGCUGUGACAUUAGAAGAGAGAACACACAUGCUUUGGUUAAAGCUGUUGGUAUUGAUUUUACACAUAUCCUACAAAGCACUCUCAUUUUAAAAGCCAUUUUUUCCUGAGUAGUAUCUUUAUAUUUUUUAGCCUUUGCUCUCUUUGUUUGUCUCAAGUUGAUAGGUCACCUCCCUAGCAACCUUGAUUCAAAAAAAAAAAAACAACUUAUCAAUAUGAUACAAAAUGUUUUGUGCCAUAAGGUACAUAGACAUGUUUUUUCUCAUAUUUCCCAGCUUCUGUGACAGUCACAGGUUUCACAAUGCAGUUUGCAAAUUCUAUCAGUCACUAGAAUGACUAUGCUAGUGUUUUCCUAACAGAUUUCUUAAUAUAUUUGUGGGAUCACAUUAAAAGUAAGAUCACCUUACAAAUAAUUAUCUUAGAAACUUAGCCCCUAGACCGGAGUCCAAGGAAGACCCACAUUUUAUUGAAUUCUUCUCUACAGCAAGAGCUGUUUGAGUGAGAUUUCACUGUAUGUAUUCGUGGUUUUGAGCCAGUCACACUUGAUUUUUUUAAAUUUUAUUCUGUUUAUUUAUUGGUACUUUGCUUCAGUUCAAAAGGAUUUGAGGAAGCUAUUAAAAUAUAUAAAACAAAAAAUGAGGAACUCAGGACAAAUAAAAGUAGAUCUAUAGAAAGGGUGAGACAAAGCUAGAUGUGUAUUUAGUCCACAAAUACGGAACUUUGAUAUGUUUUAUCAAAUUGGCCAAUGAAGGGCAUCUUGAAAAAUAAUAGAAUUGGAGGUAAUGAUAAGAAGAAAGUAUUCUCCUGCAUGAUAAGAACAGAUCUUUCCCCACGAGGGCAGAGGAACAAGACUUGUCGAGGAGGGUGUUUCUAUGCAAAAAUUUCAGGGAUCCUCUGUUUCCCCAGUACAUGUACACGUACGUGUGACGCUGAGGACUGUUUGUCCACAGAAGCUCUAGAGACCCUAAGAGAGAGAGGCAUCCGCAGGUAACCUGGUGGCCUGGCGGUCAGAGAGCCAAUGUUUGUAACUAAUCAUGUGCAGGCCCCACCAUAAGCGGGAACCAGAAUGCUGUGUUGGCCAGGUUACUUUGCAUUUCUCUCUUGAGAUGGCGACGGGUAGCAAAAAGCCCUUUUCAUGUACGUAAUUGUCCUCCUUUCAUUUUCUCUAAGACUUUUAGAAGAGAGGCGGUUUUAAUUUUUUUUCCUCCUCAGGAGCACCUUCCUUUCUAAAAUGCUUUCCUCUUCUUGCUCUGCUUGAGUAACACGCGAGUCAGUCUGAAAUACUUUGGCCACAAUUACUUCUCUGAGGAAAUAGGGUUUUUCUGGGGUUUUUUUAAGGACUUAUAAAGCCCAAAAGGGAUUAGUGGAAGUUUUGAAGCCCAUCAAAGGUGAAUAUGUAUUCUGCAGUAUCAACUAAAUUAGUGUUAGACAUCAUUAAACAGUAUCCCACACGCAUGGAAUCACCAAAUCCCCACAGGACUUCCACAAAGGCAGCUUUGGGCUGGAAGUCUUCUGACAGCCAGUAGUUCUGAUUUCCUACUUUUCCAGAACAUUUAGUGCAGGUCGGUACACAGAAGGAAAGAAAAUGGCUUAUAUUAGAACUAGGAAACAGGAGCAGCCUGGAUUUUUAUGUGAGGGACUCCCUCUGUCUUUUUUUUUUUUUUUUCUAUUAAGUUUUCCUGACAUUGGCUAGAGGGAAGUGUGAGUCAUGUGAAUCUUGCCAGAAGCGCAGAAUUUGAAGGACUGUGUUGAUUCGGACAUUGAGAAGAAGAAACUGGUCCGUGCACACACAUCUAUUGGUUGGUCUUGGCAGUUGCUGAUACACUUGUCUCACUCGCACCCCUGAAGGUGAGAAUUGACACUGGAAAUCAUAAACCCCCGCUUUCCAAAGCAAAGACUCUGUUAACGUUGUGAUGGGCAUAAAUACCUCAACUGUCUGGGCUGAGGGAGGGGCUGCAGGUUUUUAGGAGAGCAGCUAUAGUCCUCAUUCCAUGUAGUCACACCAUCUGACCACAGGACUCCACAUUCUAGCUUUUCUCACUGUGGAAAAGAAAUGUUACUGUUUAAUUCAUAUCCAAAGUUAUAAAUAGAGCUUGUAAAUUGUACUUGUUUCUUUUUUCUGUUUGGUCCUUGAGAAGUACAACUUGCAUUUUGCAGAUGGUAAUUUCUAGUGUUGUUCUCUGCUACUUUUUUUAAUAUGAAAUUGCUGUAUUUGUUAAAGUUUGUUCGUUUUGUGACUUUUAAUUCCUGUCGGUGCACUGUACAAUGUAGUGUAUCAUGAAGAAAGAAAUAAUAUGCAGAUGUGUUACAGAGUGUGUUUUAUUUUCAAAUGACUGUGGUGUUGACAAUAUAUUGAUUUAUCAAGAAACUAAAGGAAAAUUCUAAAUUCACCAAAAUGUGUAUAUUUUAAUAAAUGCAUAAAGCUUUA